AUGAAAGCCAUCUCCCUCCUCGCCCUCCCCAGCCUCGCCUACGCCGCCGUCCAAGGCUUCGACAUCUCCAACUGGCAGCCAACAGUCGACUACGACGGCGCCUAUGCCUCGGGCGCCCGCUUCGCCAUGAUAAAAGCCACCGAAGGAACAACGUACAUAGACCCGCUCUUCAACACCCACUACCCCGGCGCAACAUCCGCCGGUCUCAUCCGCGGCGGAUACCACUUCGCGCACCCGGAUAGCUCCUCGGGUUCCGCACAAGCAAGCUACUUCCUCGCCCACGGCGGCGGAUGGAGCGCAGACGGCCUCACGCUGCCGGGCAUGCUGGACCUCGAAGCAGGCUGCUACGGCCUCUCGCCGUCCGCAAUGACCUCCUGGAUCCGCGACUUCGGCGAGACAUACAAAGAUGCGACGGGGCGGUACCCCAUGAUCUACACGACGACGAGCUGGUGGACGGAGUGUACGGCGAAUAAUGCGGAUUUCGGCGACUAUCCGCUUGUUUUGGCGCGCUGGGCGAGUAGUCCUGGGACUUUGCCGGCCAGCUGGGAUUAUUACUCGUUCUGGCAGAAUAGUGAUCAGUAUGCGUUUGGGGGCGACUCGCAGGUUUGGAAUGGGAGUGAGGAGCGAUUGAGGGUUUUUGCGUCAGGAUAG